AUUUUCUGCGAAUGAAGUAAGAGACCUAAAAUUAAUCUAACCGCGUUAUUAUCGGCGAACAAAGUAAGAUAAAUUAAGCCGUGAAUUAUUGCUUACAAGCUCGUAAAUUCGUAAGUUUCGUGUAGCCAAGUAUUAUGUGAAAGUCGACGAUGGUUAUUCCUUAUUUUGGAUCACAUUAUAUGUUGCAAAAAAGAAAUAUUUGAAGAAAGAAGAGUAAAAUCUACUAUGCUGUUUUUAGCUAAAACCCUGUACAGUGCGAUGCCCGGAUCGAGAAAAAUGAUCCUCAAACACGUAAUGUCCGGAAUAUGUUCAAAAAUGAACCGAACCAAACAGUUACCCUCGGAUAUAAUGGAAACCCCGUUAAAUAGAUGUCUUAAUACUUUCGAUAUAACUUUACUAGGGGUUGGCCAUAUGGUAGGAGCGGGCAUCUACGUCCUCACAGGAACCGUAGCGAAGGAUCUUGCCGGUCCUGGAAUAAUCCUCUCUUUCCUGCUGGCAGGUUUAGCCUGUCUGCUGUCGGCUUUAUGUUAUGCGGAAUUCGGGACGCGCGUCCCUAAAGCCGGCUCUGCAUACGUCUACACAUACAUCAGCAUAGGAGAAUUUUGGGCCUUCGUAAUCGGCUGGAACAUCCUCCUCGAGCACAUGAUAGGCGCUGCCUCCGUGGCACGGGCAUGGAGUGGCUACGUCGACUCCCUCUUUGGAGGAGUCAUCAGCAACACCACCAUCUCCUUAACAGGCGAGCUUCACGAGCAACUCCUUGGUCGCUACCCAGAUUUCCUUGCCUUCACUGUAUGCAUCGUCUACGCUCUCCUCUUGGGAAUCGGCGUCAAAGGCUCAACAAUGGUCAACAGCCUCCUAACCAUCAUCAACUUGGGAGUAAUGGGUUUAGUCGUAACAGUUGGGUUAUAUUACGCUGACGAACAAAACUGGACCAGCCUCAAAGGAGGAUUCCUUCCAUAUGGAGUAGGAGGAGUGAUUGCAGGAGCAGCGACUUGUUUCUACGCCUUCGUGGGGUUUGACAGUAUCGCAACAUCUGGAGAAGAAGCUAAAAAUCCUUCGUUCUCUAUACCCAUGGCGACGGUCUUGUCGAUGGGAAUCGUCACUUUAGGGUACAUUUUGGUUUCAGCGGCUUUAACCCUGUUAGUACCAUACUACGAUAUUAACCCUAAUGCAGCCCUUCCGGAAGCUUUUAGUCAUGUAGGAAUGCACUGGGUGAAGUACGUCGUAUCUCUAGGGGCUAUCUGUGGCAUGACAACCACUCUCUUCGGUUCUCUUUUCUCUUUGCCCCGUUGCAUGUACGCGAUGGCCGUCGAUGGACUCCUCUUCAGCUUCUUGGGCAACAUCAACACGAAAACGCAACUACCUCUAACCAAUCUAGUAAUUUCUGGCCUAUGCUCAGCCGUGAUAGCCUUAUUGUUUGACUUGGAAAAAUUAGUUGAAUUUAUGUCCAUCGGUACUUUGCUAGCAUACACUAUAGUCAGUGCUUGUGUGAUAAUCUUACGCUAUCGACCAACCUUUGAACCUAUAGCCAAACCUGCCUCUACUCCAGCAUCAGAAGUUUCUGCUUCUACUUCAGAAUUAACCACCCCGGGCUCAGAAAUCGUGUGUCUAGUAGGUACUCUCCGCGUCCAGUACAGCUGGCUAGGACCAAUUUUCGGAAACUGUGAACCUGGCUCAGUUGUAACAGUUUGUGUCUUUGUUUUUACCACUUUCAGUGCGGCACUUUGUAUCCUUUUCCAAGUCUCGAGCAACGAUCUGGAAAACGGAAUUUGGUGGACGAUCAUUUUGGCGAUUUUCUUCAUUUUCAUAAUGAUUUCGGCGUUGGUGGUUAUCGUAGCACACCACCAAAACUCAGCUGGUUUAAGAUUCAAAGUACCGAUGGUACCAUUUAUCCCAGCUUUAAGUAUUUUAUGUAACAUCGAGUUUAUGGUACACUUGAAUAUUUUAACUUGGUUGAGAUUCUUCGUUUGGAUGAUUUUGGGCAUGUUGGUGUACUUUUUGUAUGGAAUACACCACAGCAAAGAAGGUGAAGGCAAUUCUUCGUAUUCAAUUCUGAUGACCUCGUCGGAAGCCGUGAAAGAAAAAUGGGGUUCUACGACUAAAACCAUGUUUAAAGGGGCUUUUACUAGAAGGAAAUCUUCAAACGGGGAUAGAAGUGCCAUUAUAGAUGAAGAAGAAAGUACUGAAUAAGUUUACUGAGUCAAAUUAUAUAUUAUAACAUGAAGUUGCUAUUUGAUGUUGUAUAGGAUGUUCAAAGAGAAGUAGUCUCAAUGAAAGGGAUUUUGCGCUCGAAUGAAGGUCACAAUAAGUUAUAAAUGCCACUUUGUAUCGGAAAAUUUCAAUAACAACAGACAUAUCGCGGGCGACGGAAACAGAAAGAGGUACAAAUUGACUACUCUUCUUUGAUCAUCCUGUUGUAUAGAUGAAACUGAAUCAAAACUACAAAGGAAGAUAUAUAUUGUAAAUAUGAUAGAUAUAUAAAUGUUACAUUAAAGAAAAUCAGAGUAAG